AUGGAGGCCUUUCUCGACGUAGUGGGCAAUCUUCUCCCAUAUCAUCUUCUGUCUUAUGGCGCUCUCCUCGGAACAGAGCUCUACCAGAGCUUUGUCAAUACAAAAAUAUGUUACCAAGCCUUGCCAAUGAAGGAGUUCAUCCUCCUUCAAAAGCGCCUUUUCCCCGUCUAUUUCGGAACACAAGUCGGACUCACAGCGUUGACGGCAGCAACACACCCACCGUACAGUAUUUUGUCACUGAUCCGAGACCCAUGGAGUGCAGCUCCUCUUGCUAUUGUUGGUUUGACCGGGUGCUUGAAUUGGUUCAUAUACGGGCCUCGGACGACAACUGCAACGUUGGUUAGAAGGGCACUACAAGAAAGCGAGAAUACCGAUUCUGACGCCCAUGGGUCCAAUGUGCAUCGGGCUAACCGCAAUUUCGCACGAAAUCACGCAAUGGCUAUCCAUUUGAAUGCCAUUGCCAUGGUAGCUACUGUAUUCUAUGGGUUCUCGCUGUCUGCUACCCUUGUGGCAGGAAUUUAG